AUCUGAGCGAUCAUUUCACCUCUGACUAUCAAAGCGACCGUAACGCAGUUGAAGAAACCGUGGAAUUGGAACAAACCUUACGAAAAAUGUGGUUCAUACUAAUUACUUUGGCCAUUGUGGCUGUGACUUACUUAAUACGCCGACAAUAUACUUAUUGGGAGCGCCAUGGUGUGGUGUGUGAUAAAGCGGAAAUCCCUUUCGGCUCUUUAAAGGACACGGCACUCGGCAAAAAGGAUACCGGUUUCGUCUUUCACGAUAUCUACAAUCGCUUUAAGUCGCGUUAUGUUGGAGUUUAUUUACUAUUUAAGCCGGCUCUUUUAAUACGAGAUGUUGAGUUGGCGCGCAGUAUAGAAGUAAAAGAUUUCAGCAGCUUUCACGAUCGCGGCACCGACACACUCAUCUCAAAGAAUUUGUUUUCACUGCGGGGUGCAGCGUGGAAGUCAUUGCGUACCAAAUUGACACCACUUUUCUCCACUGGCAAGCUAAAAGCCAUGCUGCCGACAGUUAACGAUAUUGGCGAUAAGCUUUUGGGCCAUUUGAAUAGUCAAUUAGAAGGCAAAAGCUCAGUGAGCGUUGACAUGAAAGCUAUGCUGACGACCUACGCAGUUGAUAUUAUUGGUUCGGUGUUUUUCGGACUGGACAUAAAUAGCUAUGAAAAUCCCAACAACGAGUUCCGUCUAUUGAAUCAAGAAUUUAUCAAGCCCACUCGUUGGCUGGAUACCGUAUAUGUCAUGGCGUCUUUCGUUUGUACACCUAUUGCCAAGUUUAUGGAACUCUUCGGAUUUAUACCACUCUCAACUAAGCAGACACGCGAUAUUAUUACACACACUGUAAAUAACCGGGAGAAGAACAAUAUUGUGCGUAAAGACUUGCUGCAACUCCUUUUACAACUACGUAAUACCGGAAAAAUUAGCGAAGAGGAUAAUUGGACAUUGGGGGCAACAACUGAUGGAACCAAAUCCAUGACGAUUGAAAUGAUCGCCGAUCAAAGUGCGCUGUUUUAUAUAGCCGGUAGUGAGACCACAUCGAUUAACUCCUCCUUUACGCUCUACGAACUUUCUCUACACCCGAAAUACUUAAAGACAGCCGUAGAGGAAGUAGACUCAGUUCUGGCGAAGCACGGUCUGAAGCCCAGUGAUCCUCUUACCUAUGAAGCCAUACAAGAUAUGAAAUUUAUAGAUCUCUGCAUGAAUGAAACUCUACGUAAAUAUCCCGGUUUACCAUUUUUGAAUCGUGAAUGCACGAAGGACUUCAAAAUACCCAAUUCUGAGCACACAAUCAAGAAAGGAACAGCCAUAAUCAUUUCAAUCCUUGGCUUGCAUUAUGAUCCCGAUUAUUUCCCGGAUCCACAGACAUUUGAUCCAUAUCGUUUUACGGAAGAGAAGCACAGUUAUAAUCCUGAUGCAUAUAUGCCUUUCGGUGAAGGUCCACAUCAUUGCAUUGCAAAACGAAUGGGUGUGAUAAACUCGAAAGUGGUCGUUAUCAAAAUGUUGGCAAAUUUCAAUAUAGAACCAAAAGAGAAAAAGGAAAUCGAGUUCCAAUACAAUUCAGGCGUAGCCUAUGUCCCUAAGGGCGGUCUACAGAUGAAGUUGUCGAGAAGAGUUUAAUGAAGUGAGAAAAUACUGAUCUUGUGGGAACAAGGAAUAUUAAGGAUUCCAACAAGAAAACAAAAACUAUCUAAACAUUUUAAGUACUAAGGGCUAACUAACUAAUUAAAUUAAUUAAAUCAAGGCUAAGCUCUCAGUACGCUAUUCUUUUAUUAUUUUCAUCCCUUUCACGUACUCAAAUGUCAUUUCAUAUUUACACAGAUAUUUUUUUUUUUUUUUGUUAAAUAAACAAGUCUAUUUUUAUAUCGA